UUAGUCGUCGAAUUGCUAUUCAGAUCUAUCAGUAGUUAUUUAUCGUUAUUUAGCUAAAAAAUAAAAAAAUGGGUAAAAAGAAUAAUAAGUACAAAUCGGUGACACCCCAAAAGAGUGUUUCGGUCACUGAAACCAAAAAAGAAACCGAAACUCCCAGCGCUGAUGAAAUAAAGGUCGUUGAACCGAAACGUCCUGAUCUUAAGGAACUUUCUAAUGAGAUGGCUAAAAAGCACAUUGAUCAAAUGUCAGCUCUUUCUACAAUGCCACUGCGUUUGGAUCACCAAAUCAGAUCCAUUAAGACCCUUCAACAGGAGCUCUUCAAGCUUCAUCUGGAGCAGAUGACCCUUCUGGACGGCUGCACAGAUUUCCUUCUGGAACUGGACGCCGUGCAUCCGACUAAUGAUCUCGAGAUGAAGAUUGUCCUGGAGACAUUUUCCGAAGUCAGGACCAAGUUAUCUGAAGUGUUCGAGCAUUUCCUACCUGCUCAAUUGGACUUGCUAAAGCACGAAACGAAGCUCUUGCAGAUUUCCAACCAGUUGUUGACCAAGUAACUUAGUAAUCAUUGUUUAUUACAAUACAAGAAUAAAC